AUGCACAAUGAUAAAUGGGAUAAGAACGAGCUCAAGGAGUUCUUUGAACAGUACGGCACUGUCCUUGAGCUGAGAAUCAACAGUGGUGGAAAGCUGCCUAACUUUGGAUUCGUGGUAUUUGAUGAUGCUGAGCCCGUGCAGAAGAUCCUCAGCAAUCGGCCUAUUAAACUGCGAGGUGACGUUCGGCUGAAUGUAGAGGAAAAGAAGACCCGCUCGGCCCGUGAAGGUGACAGGCGGGACAUCCGCCCCAGAGGCCCGGGGGGACCACGCGACAGGGUAGGCGGGUCAAGGGGACCGCCCGCCCGUGGAGGCAUGGCUCAAAAACCCAGUUUUGGAGCCGGUCGAGGCACAGGACCCAGCGAGGGGCGUUACGCAGGAGCACGUCAGUGAGGCAGCUCCCACGUCAUUCACUGCUGAUGCAAGUCACCCUGGUUAACACAGACGGCUUCCCUGUUCCCCUGUCUCCAUCCCUCACUCCAGGACCCAGGAGUGUGAUUAUUCUUCUUUAUCUGGACUCUUCCUUUUAUUUCUGAGAUUGAACUUGAAUUUGUUGUAGAAAAACAAAACUACUUGAAUUGGGGAAAGGAGAAACCUAGCAUUUGGUUUUAGCGUUCUCUCCCUGUUUCUUAAAGGAACGUGUUUUUACUGCUUGGGCAAUCCUGUGUAUUGCUAGCACCCGCUUUCAGGUCAAGUGCAAGUAUGGUUUUAUUUGGAAUUGUUGCCAAGUCAAAUCAUGGUUGUGUGUGAAUGACUAUCUAGCAUGUAAAGAAUCCUGUUUGCCUUCUACUGUUGCACUUCAUCAAGAAUGACAACAUAUUUUAACAACUCUGUUGAGAGAACAAAAUAAACUCUAUGUACUAUUUUGAAGCAUGGGUGUCUUGUCUGGGGGAAGAAAUUCAUUUUAAACUACGCUAGACAUUUUAAAUGGUGUUAAAAAAUUUUUUUAUUAGAUUUGUGUUUCUAAGAGCAAUCCCAAGUAUUGUGUGCCCACAUAUGCAGAAUAUUUCUUUGGUUAAAAUUGCUCUUUGUAAAGUUGAUUUUAAAAUGCUUAUGCAGCAGUAAUGAAUGAAUGAUAAAGUCAUGGAAAUUGCAGGUGCUUUCAGUAGUUCAGUACUAACUAAUGUUUUACACAUUAAGAAAUAAAUUGCUUUUGUAAAGGGU